UAAAAGGCAGAUAAGAAACCGUCUUUCAACUUAAGAGGUUUGUUUUAAGAAAGUGAGAGGAGAGGAUUUCUAGGAUCCAAGAUGAAGGCGGGCGUGGCCAUCUGUCUGGGCAUUGCAGCUUUCUUAUUGAUUGGAGUCAUCGUCCUGAUUGUGGUCUCACUCAAGACGCUACAAUCAGAUGAGAUGGCUGUCAUGUACAACACGAUCUCGCGAGAGCUGUAUCAAGACGUCAAGCAAGAAGGCCUACACAACGGUCCUCCAGGAUUCGAAUUCAUCACCUUCCCCUCAGUCUACCGCACCAUCCAGUAUCCAUACUUAAGCUGUCUGAACAAAGACGGUGUGAUCAUCACACUGGACAUUGCCUUCCAGUAUCAGAUCCAGGCCAGGGAUCUGCGCAAUAUUGUGCUGCAGUUCCGAGACCAUGACAACUUUGAGAAAGUCCUCACAAGCACAGGUGAAUCGGCCAUCCAUGAAGCGUGCAGUAAGUACAACACUACUGAGUUCCAGGCAGCACGGCAGGAUUUCCAAGCCUCGGUCCGAGAGGCUCUGAGUGCGCGCUAUCAGUACCUGAGCACCAACAUAGACGAUUUACAGGUGAAUAACAUUGCCCGUCCAGCAGCUUAUGAGCAGGCUGUAAGAAGCAAGGAAGCUGCACGAGAAAACAUACAGGUUGCAGAGAGUGAACGUCCUCGACUGGUGACCCAGGCUGAGACGGUUCUGAAAGAGGCUGAGACAUCGGCUAUCAUCACCACCAAUAGGGCCGAGUCUGAUGCAAGGAUCGCUCUCAAUAGAGCCGAGGCGGAAGCUAAAGCCAUCUACAAUCAGUACGAGACGGAGGCCCAGACCUAUCUACAGAUCAUGCAGGAACAGAAUCUCAGCACUGCUGGCUUCCUGGCCUACAUGGGCGUACGGACCAUCGGGCUAGCCAAGAACCCUGUGUACGCUGGGGUGGACGCACCGGCGAAGACGUCAUACAUCGCAAAUCCGUAGAUUUGACAGUUUUCACGCGUGGGAUGUGUUACACGUCGUUAUGCGAGGCGCUCUGGCAAAAUGAGAUGGAAUUAGCCAGUUGUGAGUUAAAUUUGAGUAACAUCUGGUACCCUUACUUGCUUGAAUGCUUGGCACAUUUAAAUUUCCAAUUCCCCAGACCAAAGAGACUGUUGCCGUAUCACGUGAUUCGGGGCAAGUCUUGUGCUAGCAACCCCUAGCUCCGGAAUGGUCUGGUGUCUUUGUGCCAUUCUCACCCAUUGUGAACACUGUAUUGAUGCUAUUGAUAUCAUGUGAUUGGCAACAGUGUCUUUGGUCCGGAGAAUUCAAAUUUAAAAUGUGCCAAGCAUUAUGAGCAAGUCAGUGUACCAGACGCUAUUCAGAUUCAACUCGCAAAGGGUCUAGGUUAUUCGCAAAUCGCUUAUUGGGCACAGGCUGUAGUGGAGGAAAAAAAGUCUAAAAAUAAAACAAAUCAAUGGGGGUGAUAUUUUUCAUUUUCAGAUUUAUUGAUUUUUGUAAUCUUUGAUAUGUAUACUAUGCACAGUUUCAAGAAAUAGUUUUAAAAAAUGUGGAAAUAAAAAUGUUUUUAAGGAUUGGCAUUUUUCAUUUUCAUGACUAAAAAACGUGAAUCUUAAUGAAUGGCCUUACCUUGGUAUUUUACUCUUUUAACUUUUCGAUAAAUGCGAACUUUAAACAGCCAUAACUUGUUAACAGAAUCUCGGAUUGAAGUGCAGCAUACAGUAUGGUAAGGAGAAUUUUAUUCUCUUCCCUGAUUAUUAGGUUAUACCCACAAACCCUCAUUUUGACCUCGGCCCACUUCUGUCUCAUUUUGCCAGAACUUGUCUCAUUUUGCGUAGCACUCCAUAAAAUUGGCCCCACGUAAUUUUGUGUUAAGUUGAUGGUACUAAAACAAGUUGCAAAAGUCUCACAAGUUGAAGAUUUGUUGGUUUAGUCCCAUGAAAUCCUGAUACAUGUGCAACACUCUCAGCAAAUAUUCAAGGGCCAAAUUUGUUAAAAGUCUUAUUGGGAACUUUUGCAUUAUAUGUUUUUUUUUGUGCUGACGAAUUUCAUACAAAUGAAAAACCUCAUAAUGCUGAGGGAUCCUGAACUCUUUUUUAACUUGACCACAGCAAGUUGUUUGUACUUCUGAACUAAACAAAGGCAAUAGUGAACAACCGUUUUCACACUACAGCCUCUCAACCCGGGUUGAACUCAACCCUGGGUGAACCCAAUGUCACCCUGGGUUGAGUUUUAUUUUUCAAUAAAAUUUAUUUCACACUUGCAAAUCAAGCUUAUUUCACUCGGUUACUUCUGUUUUGAAACCUGGCGAGAGUUUCAACCUGGAUUGAAAAUCUCAACCCUGGUCUGGAGCAGGGUUGAGUUCAACCCGGGGUGAAAUCAAUCUUUGGGUUGACGCAGGGUUGGUGCAGGGUUGAAAAUUUUCAAGUGUGAAACGCAGCAUGUUGUCAACCCCGCGUCAACCCCGAGAUUUUCUAGUGUGAAGAGGUCUAUUAUUAUGAAGUCUGUGGCCUUAGAAUGAAAUGUUCGAAAUGUGUAUAUAUACAUGUAACCGUUUCUUUUUAUAUAUAUAUUUGUACUGAUAUUUUGAUAGAAGUAUUUAGAUUAUUUGUAUUAAUGAUGUGCUCUUCACUAAUUUUGUGUAAUUUCUAAGAACUGUUAAGAAUGACACCCACAGCAUUAUGUCAUACAUAUUGAGCUUUCUGUGAGUACUAAACGAUUAUUUUACAUAUGAAUCACUGCAUUGUAAAAAUUCCAUAAAUUUCAUGACUUAGAUCUUCUGCAUAUUAUGUAUUGAUUGUUUGAAAUUCACUCCCUCCCACAGAAGAAAAGGAAAUGAGUUGCAAUAUAUCUUUUCCUUUCGCAACUUUGGGUCUUACAUUUGCAAGUUGUUUUGUU